AUGCAAUUAUAUGAGGAAAUGCUUGAUGAGAAAGAGGAGACAACCCCCGACCAAGAGACGCUCCAAACAUAUGAAGUCUUCCAAGUUGAAGAGGAGGAAAUCUCUAAUGGUAAGGGAGCUCCGAAGGUAGAAUUGAAACCACUACCUUCGAGCUUGAGGUUUGUCUUUUUGGAUGCUAAUGAUACUUUUCCAGUCAUUGUCAAUGCUAACCUCACGGAAGAGCAAACCUCCUCAUUGCUUAGUGUUUUAAAAAAGCAUAAGAAGGCUUUGGGUUAUACUCUUGAUGAUCUCAAGGAAAGGUGUGAGAGUUCCAACUUGGUGCUUAUUUGGGAGAAAUGCCACUUCAUGGUGGAAAAUGGCAUUGUUCUUGGCAAUAAAAUCUCCCAAGCGGGCAUCGAAGUUGAUGGUGCAAAGGUUGAUGUGAUCGAGAAGCUUCCUCCUCCCACAAAUGUGAGAGAAGUGAGGUCCUUCCUUGGUCAUGCCGGCUUUUACCGCCGCUUCAUCAAAGAUUUCUCUUUGAUUGCUAAGCCUCUCACAUCUCUCUUGCAACAAGAUAAAGAAUUUGUAUUUGAUGAAGCUUGUCAUGAGUCAUUUUGUAGGUUGAAAAAGGCUCUUUGCACUGCCUCCAUUGUCCAAGGACCGGAUUGGCCUCUACCAUUCGAGCUAAUGUGUGAUGCGAGCGACGAGGCCAUUGGAUCGGUUCUAGGACAAAGAAAGGAUGGGAAACUUCAUGUUAUAUACUAUUUGUCCAAGACCCUCAACGAUACUCAACGGAAUUAUACAACUACCGAGAAAGAGUUCUUGGCGGUUAUUCAUUCAUUUGAGAAGUUUAGAACCUACCUCAUUGGUUCUAGGAAAAUAGUGUAUACCGAUCACUCGGCUCUCAAAUAUUUGAUAGGCAAGAAGGAGGCCAAACCGAGGUUGUUGAGAUGGGUCUUGGUCCUCCAAGACUUUGAUUACGAAAUGAGAGAUAAGAAGGGGGCCGAGAACGUGGUAGCGGACCACCUCUCUAGGUUGGGAGGUGCAAGAAUACAUGAAGAAGGUUUACCAAUUGAAGAUGCCCUAAUGGAUGAUGUCUUAUAUGCUCUUGAGGCAAAAUUGGACCCUUGGUAUGCGGAUAUUGUGAACUACUUGGCUUGUAGUGCCAUACCUCGGGAUUUCACUCCUCAACAACACCGAAGGCUCAAGCAUGAAGCAAGGAAGUAUAUAUGGGAUGACCCCAUGUUGUUGAAGAGAGAGGUGGAUGGACUUUUGAGAAGAUGUGUUCCUAAUGAAGAGUUCCAAGAUGUGCUCUUAAUGACCGCCUUCAAGACUCCUAUAGGGACUACCCCCUAUAAGCUUGUUUAUGGGAAGAAUUGUCAUUUACCCGUAGAGAUGGAGCACCGAACGCAUUGGGCAAUCAAGCAAAUCAACUUUGAUCUCCACAGUGCGGGUGAGCAAAGACUUCUAGAGCUUCAUGAGUUGGAAGACUUGAGAAUGAACGCAUAUGACAGUGCACGACUCUACAAAGCAAGAACCAAGGCAUGCCACGACGCGCAAAUUUCCAAGAAGGAAUUUGUGGAAGGACAAAAGGUCCUACUCUACAAUUCAAGACUCAAGCUCUUCCCCGGGAAACUGAGGUCUAGAUGGAGCGGUCCAUUUCAAGUAUCCAAAGUCUUUACUUAUGGCUCAGUUGAGGUAUUCAAUGACAAGUACCCUCCAUUCGAAGUGAAUGGGCACCGUCUCAAGCCAUACUAUGAGGGUCAACCAAUUGAGAAGCCGGAAAAUUUAUCGCUCAUUGAUGUUUUCAAGUCACCAUGA